AGAAGUUUCUCUCCUUAUGGGAACAAGGGUGGAUCAAAGGGUUGUAGGACAGUUAAUAAGAUUUGAUGACAGGAGAAUGUAGCACACCUGUUUAGAUCAGCGUCACUGUAGCUGCAGCUUGCUGUGCACCCUAUGAACAACAGCAAGCUUCUGCUCCUUCUCCUCCACCAUUUGCUUCUGCGUAAACAGCACAUCUCACCUUUCAGCAAUGCGACUCUACAACAGCACACAGGCAUCACAAAAAACAGGUCUUCAAAAUAGAAGAGAGAGACAUCACUGCUGGAUGGUCCCAUCACGCCAGGUGACAGAGAGUCAGCAACAGGAGGGUGGUGACCUCAUCAAACCCAUGAUGCCAAAUCCUGUCCUGGCUUCUCAUCAACACAGAGCCCUUCACCGAGAGCUGCUAUUCUGCUACAGACAAGGUCUACUAACCAGAAAACAGCCGGAGCUGCAGCGUGUGCUGGAACAGAAACAGAGAGAGCAACACAAGCAGAGAGAGCUGGCCCUCUGUCCUCCCUCUGACUUGGAGGUGAAGCUAUGCACGAGACAGCAGAGAAUGCAAGAGUACGAGCUGGAGGAGAAGAAGAGGAGUGAGAGCCGGAAGAAUGAACCAGAGUUUGUUCGUGUGAGAGGAACCCUGAAACGUAGCCAAACGUUUUCCUUGUGACGACCAGAGUGUAGACAAACAAACAGUUAGCAGAC